AUGAAUGAGAGGAAUGCGACUAAUGCCUACCAGCUUCCUGGAAUAUGCAUUGUGCGCUCCUCGGGACCUCUAUUCUAUGCCAAUGCAAACAGCUUCUACGAUGGUGUGCUCUCUUUGGCCAGCCAGCAUUGCACCUUCUUAACGCCCGUUUCUUCCAACGACUUGCCCAAAGACAAGCCAGUUUCUACGCCCCUACCCGAGGCGCAAGGCGAGGAGCAAUUUAGUCCUGACGGCCCC